AUGCAACUCAACACCCUCGUCGGCGCCUCUUUCGUGGCCCUCGCCUCGGCCCUGGAUACCUCCUACCCUCCCAUCAACCUGGGCUACUUCUCCUACCCUCACGGAAACCUGUUCAUCGCCUGGUCUCCUUUCACUCCCACCAAGACAUCCGACGUCCAGGAGGUUUGCGACACCUCUGGCGCCAUCCAGGGCACUGCCACCUGGACCUCCAUCCGUGCCUACAACACCUACGUCUUCGACCCUAUCUGCCGCAACCCCUUCAACGUCACCGACGACGCGACAAACACUACGUACUACAACCUCGAGUUGGCUUGCGAGGACGACAACAUCCCUCUCUACGCCGAGCCCGAGGUCACCGCUGUCGUCGACGUGGCUACGAACAGGACCAUCCAGACCUGCGUGCCUGCGGUGGUUGAUGGCGAGAACUACGCGAGCUGCUCGAAGGCACCUUACCAAGGCGUUCGCUUCAGCUUUGCUUGCUCCUCCUAA